GCCGAUUCUUUGUUCCAGUGCACACUUCGGCAACCGAACACGCCGGCGGCCCAGCCCUCCCCACUCACCCAACGCCCCCAGCAACACGACACAGCAAAAGCAAAAGAGGCCAACAGCCAUAUCGGCGAGGCGGAGCAAUCCCCGCAAAGGGAUUCAAAUCCAAAACCCUAAACCAACUCCUCCCCACCCUCGCCGGCAUGGCCCCGAAGCGCCCGGCCGCCGCCGCCGGCUCGGGGUCGGCGUCUGACGCCUCCGACGGCGAGGCGGGCGCGGCCCCCAACAGCCACCGCCGCCGAGCUUCCCCCUCUCCCUCCCGCUCCCGAUCCCGAUCCCGCUCCAAGUCCCCUCGCUCCAACGCCCGCCCUAGCGUCGCCGCAUCCGACUCCGACGCCGAUGCCCGCGCCCCGUCCCCGAGGCGCGCCAACCGCGAGCGUUCCCCCCGCGACCACCUCGACUCCGACGCGGACGCGGACGCCGGCGCCGGCACCGGCCGCCGCGCCCCUUCCCCGAGGCGUCGCGGCGAACGUUCCCCAAGCUUCCACUCCGACUCCGACUCGGACGCUGACGCCGCUGGCCGCUCUCCGUCCCCGAGGCGCAAACGCGAGCGCACCCCUGGCCUCCGCUCCGACUCCGACUCCGACAACUCCGCCGCGGCCGCCGCCUCCGAUGACGAUGGCGGCGGCGCCGGCGACGCCUCGCCUUUGCCUAGCGCGCGCCGCUCCUUCCGCAUCGAGACCUCCAACGUCAAGCCCGUUAGCACGCGCCCGAUGGAUGUGCCCCUCCGCGGCGCCGCGGGGUCCUCCCAGCGUCGCCCCAAGCGCCGCCCCAGCCCCCAUUCUCCCGAGCACCAGAAGCGGCCGCCCCGGGUUUGGAGUCCUGAAGACGAGGUCACCAUACUGAGUGCCCUCAUUGAGUUCCGUGCCAAGAAAGGCCGGCUCCCUGCGUCCAUUCAGGACACGGGCAAGGUACACAGCCAGAUUAUUCAUCAACUCACUGCUAAUGCUUCUACGGCCCAGCUUAGUGAUAAGGUCAGGCGCCUCAAGCAUAAGUACAAGUUGCUGCUCACCCGUGCAAAGAAUGGACGGGAUCCCAACUUGCCAACGCAGCAUGAUCGCGAUGUCUAUCAACUUAGCAAGAAAGUUUGGGGAUUGAAGAGUCUAGUAAUGGUACGAGGAUCUCGUGUGUCACAUGAGGAUACUGAGGAUGCAGAGGAGAGCAAUGAAGAGCAGGAGAUCGAGGAGAGUGACGAGGAUAUGGAAAAUGGAUGGGAACUCCGUGAUCGCACGAGCAAGAAGCCAAAGGCAUUGACAUUUGGAAACGGCAAUGGUAAUGCAAUUGUCACUGUGGGUAGGGGUAGCCAUGGUGAUGGCAGUGGGAGAGAUGAUACUGAGAAGGGAAAACAAAUGUACCCAUACCUGUGGGAGGCUGUUGAGGAGCUGUCGAAGGAGCAUCCGAGUGGGCCAAUAUUCAGGAAGGCGUUUGGUGUACUUGAAAAAUCAAAGGCAAGAGCAGUGGAGGAGAAGCUCAGGAAGUUCAGAAUGUCAGAGAUAAGGCAGCAGCUGCAGCGGAUGGACCUGAUGAAGGAGACAGUGGGGAUGGUGCUUGAUGCUCUGGAGGGUGCAUAUUGAUUAGGUUGAAACUGAUGCGCUGCUGGGUUUUCGAUUCUGUGGCCAGUCUUUUGGUAAGAUGUUGCUCAAAAAGGGUGACCUAAGUCUUCUAGUUGUCUGGAAUAGUCUUGUUCUAAUGCUAUGGACAUAUGGUUGGCUGUGUCUACUUUUGUGGUGAAGGAUAUUGUCUUUGAUCCGAACUAGACCUAGAUCAAGGAGUUAUGACCGGUGCUUGUUAUCGUUCCCGAAAUAUUAUGCUUUAUGUGCUUAGGUGCUAACUUAUGCCUAUUUGUCAUGCCAUUGCUAUGUUCCUGCUUAAUGUUAGUUACUUUGUUAGUUCGCUGGUUUA